AUGAGCAACCAAGAAGAAGAAGUCCCUAUCUACGAUCCCGAUGAUGAAAUUGAAGCUAACUCAACUGCUCCUGUUUAGAAGCAUGCCUAAGGUUUCAACACUGGCGGUCACUCCUCAUUUAAUGACUUUUCAUUGAAGUAAGAUUUACUUAGAAGUGUCAAAGAAGCUGGUUUUGAAAGACCAUCUGAAGUUCAACACUAAUGUAUCCCCAAUGCAAUCCAUGGUAAAGACGUCUUGUGCCAAGCUAAGGCCGGUACUGGAAAGACUGCUGUGUUUGUCUUGUCAGUGCUCAAUCAAUUACCCGACGAUGCUAAGCCUUUCAGUUGUUUAGUUUUGUGCCACACUAGAGAAUUAGCUUUCCAAAUUAAGAACGAAUUCAAGCGUCUUGGUAAAUUCACCAACUUCAAGGUUAAGGCUGUUUAUGGAGGUGUUGAAGAAUCUGUUGACAUCCAUACCCUCAAAACUAAGAAGCCCCAUAUCCUCGUUGCUACUCCUGGUCGUUGCCUUUCUUUAAUCAAGGCUAAGCCUUCUGUUAUUGAAACUCAAAAUAUAGAAUAUUUCAUUAUCGAUGAAUGCGAUCGUGUUUUGAGCAGCAACAAAAUGAGAUCUGAUGUUCAAAAUAUCUUCUACGAACUUCCUAGAAAGAAAUAAGUUAUGAUGUUUAGUGGUACCAUGUCAGAUGAAAGUAAAAAAACCUGCCGUAAAUUCUUGCAAGAUUAAAUUGAAAUCUUCGUUGAAGAUAAUUCAAAGCUUGUUUUGCACGGUUUGGAAUAAUAUCACAUUAAAAUUGAAGAAAAGUAGAAAAUCUCAGUUUUGCGUUAACUCCUUGAUUAAGGUAACUACAACCAAGUUAUUAUUUUUGUCAACAAGUAAGACAGAGCUAAAUAUCUUUCAAAGUAUCUCACCGAUAAAGGCCACGACAAUGCCUUCAUUUAUCGUAACCUCGACUAAAGCGAACGUACAAAAAUAUACUCUGAAUUCAAAGAAGGCAAGAAUAGAGUUUUAGUUGCUACUGACUUAGUCGGAAGAGGUAUUGAUAUUGAAAGAGUCAACCUCGUUAUCAACUUUGAUAUGCCAUAAAUUACUGAAGACUACAUGCACAGAGUCGGUAGAGCUGGUCGUUUCGAGACCAAAGGUUAAGCUAUUUCUUUCAUCUCAACUAAGGAAGAUGAAAAAGUACUUGCUGAAAUUCAAAGUACUUUCAGCACUCAAAUUAAGGAGUACAACUUAAAGCAAGAAUCUUAGUAAUAAAUAUAUUUAAUAUUAAUUAUGGAUAAAUAUUAAAAUAAUUCUUUUUAAUUUUUAGGUGAAAGAAAUUAGUAAGACCUCAACUCUAAAAAUGUUUAACCCCAAAUAAAAUUUGGAUAAAUAAAUUAUAAUUAUUAUUAAAGAUUGUCAAUUAAUAUAUAUUAUUCACUUUGUAACUCAUUCCUUAAUUCGAGUCAACUUUAAGUAAAUGUAUACUUUCAAAAAAGACUAUUUAGUUUCCUAAAAAACAAGUAAAUAAAUAAAUAAAAAUCAAUAAUACCAUCAGUAUUUAUUUAGUUAUUUUAUAAUAAAUAUAUUUUUAUUAAGAACCAUUUUCUGCCUCACAAGCAAACAAACGAUUCUAGCAAUCAGAAAAAUUAAAACAGAAUUAAGAGAAGAAAUUCUACCUAUUUUAGUUAGGAAUUUACUAACAUUCAAAAUUUCAUUUAUUGA